UUUUGUCUGCACCUAUCGUAAUCCUAUUCCUAUCAAAUAACAUCCACUCACUCUUCCAAAGUCCGAAGCAAGAAGAAUAUGAGAUAAUGAUUCGGUGCUUCGCGUCGACACCAUCUGUAGGUGCUCCCUUCAUCACUUCCGUCCAUUUCACAUCUCCACCAUCUGUCAGAAUCUGCGCAUCUCGUUCUUGCGCAUCAUCAUCAUCAUCGACAUUAGCAGCAUCUAGAAGAGCAGUAUCUCUGUCGAUUAUCUCCGUCGCGUCUUUCCUCAUCGCCUACGACAGUACUGGAGAAUCUGUUCCUUUCACUUUCAUCCUUGGUUCUAGCAAUGUCAUUCCAGGGAUCGAAACCGCCGUGAGGUCGAUGAGAGUAGGCGGGAUUCGUCGGGUGAUUAUACCUCCGUCGCAGGGCUAUCAGAAUACAUCACAAGAACCUCUCCCACCAAACUUCUUUGACAGACAGAGACUCUUCACGACUAUCUUUAAUCCAACACGUCUUGCCAAUGGAGAAGGUUCUACUCUUGGAACCCUCGUUUUCGAUAUUGAACUUGUCAGCACCAGACGCCUUAACCGA